CGUGAAUACAAAAGGGCGUCGCCAACACUUCAUCUUUUCCUCACCUCUUCUACUUGCUUUCUAUUUUUUUUUCUUCACUUUUUAUAAAUCAAACACUAUGGCACGCGUUAAACCUGUUACUGUUACGACAUCACUAUUUCUCCAACUGCCAACAAGUUCGUCAUCACCAUCGACCCACAAGAAGAAAACUACAGAAGGACGCGCACUCCAUGCCUAUUGGGUGCUGACCCGACGCGUCGAAAUACUCGAAAAACGAUACUUGAAGGCGUGCGUCUCGGGUUCCGGUCGUGAGACAAUCAACCGAGCGCGUCAAAUAUGCGUUUAUGCACAGCAGGAUAUUGACCACUUCCGCUCGGUUUGCAAGCAAAAGUAUCCCGACAGAAUGGAGUUCUACACCAUCGAAGAAAUCGAAUCAAAAAACAAAGCCUACCGUCGACAUUCUCACUAAAAAGAGUACAGCGUGCUCUUUCUACCAGAUUUCACUAUUGUUAUUAUUCUCCUUUUUCUCACCAUCAUAUGACAGACUGUAUAUACAUAUAUCACACCAUACCCCAUCAUUGACUUCAUUGUAUAAGCAUUCCUACUCAAAAAAAGUUCAUCUGCAUUUUAAAAAACGUUCCAAAAUUAAUUAAAAAUCAUGCUUCCUAGUUCCCGG